UUAUGUACUGAUUAUGAUCCCCACUGAAUUCUCAGAUAAACUCAUAAUUAACAAUGAAAACGGACAUGACCAAGUUACUAAUCAGAAGAGUAUAUUCUCUUAGCUAGAUACCCUGCUGCCACAAGUACUACAAAAGCAGCCAAAACUUCGUGCACCCUGUUUGUGGAACUCCAUAUUUUAUGCAAAAUUCUAACGUGAUACACCUGACGACGGCACAUAACCCAACGUCCGUCGUGGUCUUUUCGAUACGACCGAUGGUGGAAAGUUCUUUGUCGUGGUUACGAACGGAGUUUGGCUUCUCGUCGGCGACGGUUUUUCCCCCUUCUUCUUCUUCGACGAGGUUUGCUCUCUGGCUGAAUUAUAUAAUCUUAAACUGAUGAUAAGAACAUUUAAAUGCUAACGUAGAGUUUGAUCUUAACACGAAAGGCAUCGCGAAGUAAUCUAUAUGUGUUUUGCACUUUUGCGUACGUGGAAUAUAUAUAUAUACGUGGCAGUCAUGCAUGGUGGUAACGGGUAAUAAGACAUGAUCAUUUUGGUUUGGGUACAAGAGUCGACCGAGUCGUACUGAACGGAUGGUCUUAUUUACUUGCAAUUACAUGUGUAACUAUUAAGUUAAUUAUGAUAAUAUAUAUCAUCCUCGAUGAGUUUACGAAAGGGCACGUGGCAUGCAUGCUUGCAUGCUCGUAACGUUAUUUUGAGAAGUCAAGGCAGAAACUGAUCACUUGUUAUCAUAUUUAUGACAACCCAACAUGCCGGAAAAUCCUUCUUUAAGCUAUAAUGAUCACCAAUUAGACUAACUUUUUGAAUAAUUAAUUGUGGGAUGUGCAUAAUUCAAUUCGAUCCAAAUCAAAUAGAAGAAAAAAAAAAGAUAGAUUCGAAUAAAAAAACGAAGGAAAUAUGAGUUUAGGAAUCGGAUUGGUUUGAUCGGGUUCCGUAUUAAUUCAGUUACGAGUUGGGUCCACUUUUUUUUAUUCAAAACUAAGAUAAUUCAUGGAUCCAAACCGAAUAUGAAUAUGUAUUUGAUUCGAUUGAAUUUUAUCAAAAAUAUCGAUCCAAUAUCACUCGGUCAGAAAUAAUGUCGAAUCGCGUUGCCUACGCCCGAUUAACACAAUGCGCGACUCUAAAAGCAUACACUAUUGGUCAGAACUUACUCCGAUUCGAAAGCACGAAUUCAUCCAUUGUCUCGCGAUGUGCUUUCUUCCACAAUUUUAAUUCGUAAUUCUCCUCGCCUAAAAUGAUAAAAUUUAGCCAUAAUCACCCACAAAAAAUGCGAUCAACUGUUACUCAAACAAAACUGAAAAAGCCAACUUCACAUGUAUAGGGCGAGAUCCAGUGAGUGAGAGUGAUUCCUGCCCUAAAUUCCAAAUUCCAUGACCUUAGCUCUUUUGUAACCUAAUAAUCACCCUUCCCUCUUACUCUCCCUCUAUAAAUAUACACCUACCGGCCACCUUCCUUCUUCCAACAGACCUAAACUCACCCACACAACUCCACCACCUUCAUCACUUUCGACAACAAACACACCACUCUCUCGAUGGAAGCAACCAUUAAUGAAGCCGUCCACCGCACCAGCGUGGUGAUCAUCGGCGCCGGCCCCGCCGGUCUAGCCACCUCCGUCUGCCUCUCCAAGCUCUCCAUCACCAACACCAUCCUCGAGAAAGAACAAGUCACUUGCUCCCUGUGGAAGCACCGAGCCUACGACCGCCUCCGCCUCCACCUCGCCAAGCAAUACUGCAACCUCCCCUUUGCGCCGCCCCACGCCGCCUCCACCCCGACCUUCAUGUCCAAGGACCACUUCACGGCCUACGUCGAAAGCUACGUGUCCCGCUUCCAACUCGAGCCCCGGUUCGACCAACUGGUCACCCGGGCGGCCCGUGACGACGUGGCCGCCGGGACGUCGGGCAAGAAGAAGUGGAGGGUGGAGACGGCGCGGGGGGAGGUCUACGUGGCCGAGUUUUUGGUGGUGGCGGCGGGGGAAAACGGCGUGCCGUUUGUUCCCGAGGUAGAUGGGAUGGAAGGGUUUGGCGGCGUGACGCUUCACUCCAGCGGGUACAGGAACGGGGAGGAGUUUAAGGGGAAGGAUGUGUUGGUGGUCGGGUGUGGGAACUCGGGCAUGGAGAUCGGGCUCGAUCUGUGCAACCAUGGUGCUCGUGCGUCUAUUGUCGUGAGGGGACCGUUUCAUGUGGUGACGAGGGGGAUGGUGCAUUUGGGAAUGCAAAUGCUGAAAUACGUGAAGAUGAAGUACGUCGACUCCAUCGUUGCAUCCAUGGCGAGCUUCUACUACAGAGAUUUACCCAAGUACGGGAUUCACCGCCCGGCCCUGCAGGGUCCUUUCACCCACAAGUCCACCACCGGGAAAACUCCGGUCAUCGACGUCGGCACCGUCGACCGAAUCCGCGCCGGACAAAUCCAAGUAGUUCCGGGAAUCGAGAGAGUACUGAGAGGAACGAACGAGGUGGAGUUCGCAGAUGGCACGACGCGUCGUUUUCAUGCAAUCCUGUUUGCUACUGGUUAUAGAAGCUCUGCAAAUAGUUGGCUCGAGGACUUCAGCUACAUAUUUAACGGGGAGGGGAUGCCUAAAAAUGGAAUGCCAAACCACUGGAAAGGAGAAAAUGGGAUCUACUGUGCUGGAUACUCGAUGAUGGGUAUUAAUGGAAUUUCCAAGGACGCCGCUGCAAUUUCUGAAGACAUCAUCAGCCAAAUUAUGAAGAACUAGUCCAUCAAAUAAGAUAAAUUGCAAGCAAGAGUGUGCAUGAAAACAAAUAAUUAAUAACAAUAAUAAUAAGGGAUUGUACAUAAAAUAAAUAAUAAAGCAUUUGCGACCUUGUUAUCGUUAUUAGUUUCUGGAUUUGACCAUUAUUUAUUACUUCCUUCGAUCAUGAUAAAAUUUGAUUAGCAAGUAAUCAAUCAAUACUAAUGAUUGUAAGGGUCAGUAAUAAGAUGAGGAAAUACCAAUUGUUGACAAUUCUGAAUGUCUGAUUAAGCGUGAUUUCCCCCCUGACAAUCAUAUCCUUUACGGGUUGUUUUGGAUGCAUCAUUUUGGUUCUAUGGUAUUUCGAAUCCAAAUGAUGCAUUAUUUUGCUAUGUGGCAUUUCAUGUGGUAUUUCAUUUUGAAAUGUGGUAACUGGUGUAAUUGUCUUGUUUGGAUAAAACAUUCAAAUAUUGUGGUAUUUCACCACUUAAAGAAGGGAUGAAGUGGAAAAAUAAGUUGGGAGAUGAGGUAUUUGAAAUAACUAGGGGGUGGGUAGGUAUUUCAAAUAACUCACAAUGAGUUAUUUCAAUUGACUCAUGGACAAAAUGCUUCUGCUUUAUUUUUGCCAAACGAGUUAUUUCGACCAAAUUACCUCAUCAAAAUAGUGCAUCCAAACCACCCAUUAGUGUUGCUGUGUUGGUCACUAUGCUUGAAGUGCCUUCAUUGACACGGGCCGGGCCGCUGAAAUUAUGAAGCCCAUAAACUUCUAUAGAAUGCAGAAAUGAUUUCUUGCUCGUCUUUCAAAUGGCUUUCCAACACAAGCUUAUAAGUUAGCUAACAUUACAAUAGCACUAAUAAAUGUUUAUUUAUCCUAUCUCCUUCCUACAUAUAAAAAUUGUGAUGGAAAAAAAAAGAUUCUAAAACUCUUCAUGCUUUAAAUAAAUUCAAUUAUGUAGCCCACCGAAUCAACCUGCGCUUUAUGCGAUUUUCCUCUAUUAACUGAAACAUAAAGGAUAUGUGAAGUUUAGGUUGACGUCCUAUUCUCUUGUAGCAAAAAUCGCGAUUCUUUGUUGUAUAUUUAUCAAUUAUUAAAUCAUGAGAAAUAAGUACUAAGUAGCCUACUGCUUCAGUGGCGGAUCCAGGGGUGGCCACCCCGGGCCCCGGCCCAGCCCUCCUCUGGAUCCAUAGUAAGUAUAGGCUUUAUGAAUUUUUCGAUUUUAGAUAUUCGGGUCAUUGUUAUUUUAAAAUAAGAUUGGGUAUAAUUAGAAAAAUAAUUCAGAUGAACAUAUUCAAAAUCACUACUCUAAAUUUAGCUUAUAAAUUCUAACCCCAAAGGUUAUUCGUCUAAAAAAACAAUGAAACCUAAAAAUUUAAAAAGUUUAAAACAUAAAAGACUAAAACAUAUAUGAGGUUUGUUACCUUGGGAAAUUUACUAGAGCAGCUGGUGGAUAUAGGGAUGGAAACACAAUGCAAAUAGAUUAGUAGAUUGAUUUGUCUAGUGUUGAUGCUGCUCGUUUCAACAGCUAAUACGAAUAGAACCUUUUCAACAAUGAAACAUGUGAAAAUUGAUUUGCGCAACAAAAUGAGCUAUGGAUUCCUUGUCGAUUGCUCAAGUAUUUUAUUUGAAACAAUGUACUAUUGGUAUGGAUGUGGACUCCAUUAUUAAUGCAUUCGCUAAAUUAAAAUACCGUCAUGUACAAUUUACAUUGUAAAAAAAUUAUAAUAAUUAUAUUUUUUUACUAUUCUAAUUUUCUAAUAAAAUGCGGCCCAGUACACUUCUGUGUUCUGGAUCCGCCGCUGUACUGCUUGAAAGGGGAAUUCCCAGAUUUUGUAAAAUGUCUAUACGAAGAAUGUCCCUUCUUGUGUAAGCAUAAGUUCGGGUAUCAAGCCACGUCAAGUUGUGGCAAACCACGCCGCGGGUCUUGUAAAUGUUACUUGCCUUGUUGACAUCACCUUUGAAGUACGUUCUGUUGCGAUGCCUUCUUAUUGUCGUAUAUUGCAAUAAACGAUGUGUAGUUAU